CCUGCAGCUCCGACCAAGUAGUCCAAUGCGGCCAUGCGGUCUUUUCCUCUCCUUGGGCCCUAGGGGCAUGCCAUACCACACUCCCCCUCCCCUCCCCUUCCCUUCCCCCUUGGUCCCUUACCCGUGAGAACUCCCUCGGGUCCAUGCGACCCUCCAUCUUUUGCUCUGCGUAGUCGUGUGCAUCGUGGCCGGGUUUGGAGGGCAGAUCCUAUGCGUCGAGCCCGUCCGCUCCAAUCGGUUUCAACCACCUUCGUUUCCAGAGACGGCCUCGCAUGAGACGGCCUCCACUGACACCUGGAACUAACUCGAUGGCGACGGAUACAUGGAGAGCGCACCACCUGGGGAGUCGUUGGCAAGCAAGCGAGUUUGGUCAGGGCUGAGGCCAGAUUGGUGAGAAUGGAAGAUGCCGGGGUUUCUGCUGGUCUCUGUCGGUGGGGUUGACGUGUGCUUGGCAUGCGGGCUCGGGACGACACGUCGACAUCAUCACACGACAAGUCGGUGGGCUUCUUCUUUUUUUCGUCUUGCUUCUUGGUCAGACUCCCACAUCAACGUUAGAGAGACAUCGUCAUGUCGUCGAGUGACCCAGAGCGGUGAUGUCAAGGCAAUCGUGUAGAUGGGCCAAACCCGAUCCCUCGGUCCAAGACCUUGUUGAGCCUCGAGGGUCCCGGGAUCCCGAGCCCACGGUACAGCAUAUCCCAUCCCGUCCCAUCCCAGCUUAUUCAACCGACAUCAAACGGCCGAGGAGAUAUUCUAGGACACUCGACGAACUGUUGUUCGCGAGAAAUCAGUUGCGAUGGCGUCUUUUGUUGCUCACAAAACCCUUGAUACAAAACACAAAACAAGCUGUCUUCGGGGGCCCCAGCCGGGCGUUUUCCUUUCUCUUUAUUCUGAGAACAAGCCUCGAGCACAUUGUUUUCUUUUGUCCCGUAGAACAACCCACCUUUGAUCUCGAUUCAGGACUUCCCUGGCUGUCGUAUCUGACAUCGUGACGAGCUUGAUGCUUUGUUGGGCCGACGGCUCUCUGGAGGAUGAUAAGGACUCGGGCACCGCGCUGCAUCGCAUCGCCCAUUGAAACACCUAAAACUCUCUUGUCUUGUGUAGCCAACCCUCAAUCACGAAUCAACUUGUCAACGUCAAAAGCCUUACACAAUACUGACUCGGCGAGAGAGAGAUAGAAAUCCCGGUGUUGUCUUGUCGUUGGCCUGCAUGGUCGCCGCAACGGAGACCUCGUUCGCCGAACCUGUGCCAUGUGUAUCAAGAAGGUGACAUGGCACCAAUGCCCGCAAACCGGCGAGGGGAGGUCCCUCCGGGGCUACUCACCCAGCGAUACCAUGGUAAAGCUCGGCGACGCCUGGAGGCUGUCCAGGGUCUACCACACCACGUACACAAUCAUCCUCGACGAAACCCUGCGGCCCGGGAUGCAGUACCACGCGCACGAGUCCAACGUCCACUGCGCCCAUCCCUACCAUGGUCCCUGCGAAGGGAGGGCCGGUCUGGUCUACCAGCUGGCCGAGGGUCUGUGUCCGGCCUGCCUCGGUGACCAGGGGCUGCCGCGGAGGGUCAUCGCCCGCCAGGAGAUGAUGGACGACGCGAUGCGCAAGGUGACCGGCGAGCCCCUCAGGCCCUCGUCCGAAGUGCUCCGAUACGUCGCGCAGCUCGCCAUCCUGGCCAAGCACAUGGUCGCCCGCAAGAUCCCCAACGUGAUCAUCGGGGCCGCCAUGAUCGACCAGGUCGUCGCGGAGGUGCGCGCCGAGCUCUUUUGCCGCCAGUCCGACAACCACUGGACGCGGGGCUACGGCGUCUCGAGCUGCAAAUGUUUCGUCGAGGAACGGGGCUUCUGCGCCAACCUCGGCCGCUACCUCCGGCAGAACGAGGCCGUGAGAAUAAUCACCGCCCACGAGGACAUCGUGAUCCCGUACAUCAACAUGCCGGACCCUGAUGACGACAACGACGACUGGGAGCUGACCCAAGCGCGCGAGCGAAUCAUCGAGUGGUUCCGCGAUCAGAGGACUGCCCGGCUCGACAGGGUCGCCAUAUGCCGCUUCGAGAUCGGGCCCCGGGAGGACCAGCGGUACCAGGACUGUAUCCAGCGGCUUGACGCCGCCGUCAUCAAGUACAUUAACCUCAUCCGCUCCGGAGAGGCGCCGCCGCCGCCCGCGCCCAACGACCGCGCCGCGGAACGCAACCUCCGCGCCCGCGCCGUGUUCCUCCGGAAGCCCCUCGAGUGGAUCGCCUACGACACGGGCCUCGCCGACAUCCUGGUCAAGGAGAUCUCCGACGUCGUCAUCCACUGGUACCUCCGCGUCGGCACGCCCGCGAGCCAGCCCGUCGACAACGCCGCGUGGUCGGCGCCGCUCGAGCUCCGGCGGGACAUGGACGGCAUGCGCAAGGAGAUGCAGGCGACCGUGGAGCACCUCGAGGCCCACUUCUCCCCAAACACCCGCGCGGGCUGGCGCCUCUUUGUCCGCAGCUUCCAGAGGACGCCCCUGCGCGAGGAGGACGAGGUCGCCACCUUCCGCCGCGCGCGCGCCGAGCUCACGGCCGCCGCCGAGGCCCGCCUCUCGCUCGCCCAGGUCGCCGCCGACGAGAACAUCAUCACCCUCGCCGCCUCCCGCGCCAUCCGCCCGGACGACGCCGACGGCCGCUCCUGCCCGCUCUGCGGCGAGCCCUUUGACGACGACGACGUCCGCCCCGUCGUCGUCUGCGCGCGUAGCCACCUCGUGUGCCGCUCGUGCACCAUCAUCCUCGUCGUCACCACCGACGCGGCCCUCCUCGAGCCCGACCCCCAGAGGCGCUCCCGGUGUCCCAUGUGCAGGGCUUCGCUGCUCAAGUUCUACAGGGCCAACGCCGACCCGGCCGACGAGCUGCGGUCGCCCCCGAGCCCGGAGGCGCCUCCCGUGGAAUGGGUCUGA